AUGGAGUUAUCCUCAAUUAAAGCAUCGGUAUUAGCUAUACAGAUUCGAUUCCGUGUUAUUUGGAAUAUUGAGAAAAUCCAUCUUAACUGGGGAUUUAUAAUCCAAUAUCCAUUCUUUCCAAGAUUAGGCGCGAAUGCUGUCAUAUUUCCAGUAUCGCCUGUGCCAGCUCCAAAGAUGGGAGCUGUGGCUGCGGGUAUGCCAAAUUCGACAGGCUCGCAGCUUUCACGUGCACGACGAUACAUUCAUAUCAAUAUCGCCUCUGUACUCGAAGCAAUCGCAUCGGCUAAAAUUGCCAUUGUUCAUUCCGGAGAGGAAGGCGACGUCAAUGCUUGCCUCGGAGUGAUUAAAACCAGUGGAUAUGCUGGCAAUGUUGAAGUUACUCGACUACGAGUGAAUGAACCAGCUAAGGAUAGACUUCAGCUUAUCACACUACGAAAUCAGUGGCCUCUUGUGUUUGUAAAAUGCCUCGGAGUGAUUAAAACCAGUGGAUAUGCAGGAAAUGUUGAAGUUACUCGAUUACGAGUGAAUGAACCAGCCAAGGAUAGACUUCAGCUUAUCACACUACGAAAUCAGUGGCCUCUUGUGUUUGUAAAAGGCGACGCAGUGGGAGGAGUUGAUGAGCUAAAACAGCUUGCUGACAAACGUAUAUUGGCGGAAUGGCUAAAAGAUCAUAAGUACGAUCUUGUUGUGAUUGGUGGAGGAUCAGGAGGACUUGCAGCGGCAAAAAAGGCGGCCGAGUAUGUUCUUUCUUCGUAUUCUAUAUCGUUCAGACGCAAUCCUUUCUUCCGUUGUGUUUACUCAAAUUUUACCUCAAUGUUACUAAAUAGCUAGCA